AUGUCGUCGACCCAGGAUAACGAUAUCACCAUGGCCACUCCCGAGGCCACAGCCACAGUCAACGUCGAGACAACCACUCUUGCUGCUACUAGCACACUUACAGUUGUCAGCGAUACUACUACUCCCGCCACUGCUACUACCGCCGAUACAACCGCAGAGGCUGACUCAACAACAGCUGAGAGCGUCGCCAAGAGGAUGCGCCCCAAGAUCGAGAAGGAGGACACGUCGUCGUACAUGGGCCAGAAGCGCAGCAAGGUCCGCGGCAACAUCCGUGGAGCUGACAAGUACAAGGGAAAGAGAGAAGGAGGUUGGGCUGCAGGAACUCGUAACGCUGAAGAUGCUGCAAAGGCGGCUGCAUUGGCCACUAGUGGCGAGGCAUCCGCAGAGCAGACCUCGACCACCGCCGACGAUGGUGAGGAUAAGGAGGCGCGUAUUCCCAAGCGCAAGGUCGCACUCAUGAUGGGAUACUGCGGUACUGGAUACCAGGGAAUGCAGGUGAACCCUGGCGCCAAGACAAUUGAGGGAGAUCUUUUCAAGGCCAUGGUUGAGGCUGGAGCAGUUUCAAAGGACAAUGCCGACGAUAUCAAGAAGGUCAGCAUGAUGCGAUCCGCCAGGACAGACAAGGGCGUUCACGCUGCAGGAAACGUGGUGUCGCUCAAGAUGAUUGUGGAUAUGGACGACGUGAUUGGCAAGAUUAAUGCUUGCUUGCCUGACCAAAUCCGCCUCUUUGGAUACGUCCGCACCCUAAAUUCUUUCAAUGCCAAGGUUCUCUGCGACUCUCGCGUUUACGAAUACCUUUUGCCCACCUACGUCUUCCUCCCUCGCCCACCAAUUGCCGAACCUACCGCAUCCUCAUUGGAGGGUGCCUCGACUACGAUCAGGACUGACUUGCCUGGAGGAAGUAUGGCCUGGGAUGAGAACGUUCACAUUUCGACACCCGAGGAGAUGGCAGCCAAGAGGAACUACCGUAUUGACGAAGCUACUCUCGCCAAGGUCCGCGAGGGAUUUGCAGCCUAUGUUGGCACCAAGAACUUUCACAACUUUACGGUCGGCAAAAACUUUAAGGAAAAGACUUGCCAGCGCUUCAUGAUGUCGUUCACUGUGAGCGAUCCCAAGAUGAUCCAGGGAACAGAAUGGCUCAGCUUGAAGGUUCAUGGCCAGUCGUUCAUGCUCCACCAGAUCCGUAAGAUGGUCAGCUUGAUUGUUAUGCUUGUGCGAACAGACACGCCAUUGAAGCUGAUCCCAGAGACAUUCAAGGCCAACAAGAUCAACAUCCCCAAGGCCCCUAGUCUGGGACUUUUGCUCGAGAGGCCUGUGUUUGAUACAUACAACCGCAAGGUUAAAGACUCUCACUCACCCCUGGACUUUACGCCAUACAACGAGACGAUGGAGGUUUUCAAGGAAAAGUACAUUUACGAGGGAAUCAUCAAGGAGGAGCUCGAGUUCAACCGGUUUGACGAAUUUUUGCAGAUCCUGGAUGGCCAUGCGCACAAGUACAACCUCCGCUAUCUGAACAGCGAAGGUAUUAUUCCCGAGGAGGCCAUCAUCAAGAGGGGAGAUACUCUUGAGGCCGAGUCAGAUGCCGAGUCAGAUGCGUCGUCGUAA